UUCAGGCUUCAGUAAGCUCUCUUGAACAGACUUUACAGUAGAAUAAGAGAAUAUCUCCCCUAACCUCCCCAAACUCUCUAGUUCAAGUUCAAAUUAUGUUAUUUUAGCCAGCUUUGUUCUGGUGGAUGUGGAUUGAAGAAUUGAAUAUUGAAGAAGUGUGUUUACAACGGGAAUUUCAGAUGUUCAAGGAAGUUAGCUACUGAUACAGUAUGUGAUGCGUCACUCUGACCUGUGCGAAGGCGAGAAAGCAACAUGUCAGUAAGAUGAUCGUGUCUGUGAGGUCUGCCAUCCUGACGAGUGACUUUUACUUCGGUGUUUCACUUAAACAUGAAUGGGUCUGUCUCUCCAAAGAGACUCAACAGCUUUGAUGAAAAGACCGUCAGCCAUGCCAAUCAAGAGAGGCCUGGCUCUCCUGUGCCCAGCUGUGUGUCCUUGAAGAGUGACAGGUCAAUGGGUUUACCCAUCCACUUCAAGGGUGGCCUCAACAACAAUCAAGAGGCUCCCCUUGAUAGUCCAGACUCUCCCGUGUCCAGCAUGGUGUCCAUGAAGAGUGAAAGGUCAAUGGGUUUACCCAUCCACUUUCAGGGAGACUUCAAGAAUGAAGAGAUUCCAAGACCAGACCCUCCUGUGCCUAGCCAUGUGUCCAUGAAGAGUGACAGAUCAAUGGGAUUACCCAUCCACUUCAAGGGAGACUUUGAUGAUGAUUUCCAGAUGAAGACCACAUCACCAGAGUCUACCCAUGAUACCCAUGGUCCUCCCAUAAUACCUCUGGAUGCUGAAGCUGUUGAGGCAACAAAAUCUCACCUGAGGAAGAAGUUUCAGUAUUUACUUGAGGGAACAGCAACACAAGUGCAAACAAGACUCUUCAACGAGAUCUACACUGACCUCUACAUCACAGAGGGAGGGGAAGGGGAGGUCAACAAGGAGCAUGAGAUCAGACUUAAAGAAACAGCGUCCAGAAAAGCUGAAGCAGAAGAUAUAGCCAUCAAGUGCACAGACAUCUUCAAACCUUUACCUGGACAAUGCAAACCCCUCAGAACUGUGCUCACAAAGGGAGUGGCUGGCAUUGGGAAAACAGUGUCUGUGCAGAAGUUCAUUCUGGACUGGGCUGACGGAAAAGCCAAUCAGGAUGUCCAAUUCAUAUUUCCUCUUGCUUUCCGAGAGCUGAAUUUAAUCACAGAGAAAAAUCUCAGUCUGUUACAACUCCUUCAGCAUUUGUUCAGAGAACAGAAAGACAUCCCACUCUUGAGGAUUGAGCAGCACAAAGUUGUGUUCAUCUUUGAUGGCCUGGAUGAGUACCGCUCUCUUCUUGACUUUCACAACGGCAAGUCUGUUUCCAAUGUGGAAGACCCCGUCUCAGUGGACAUGCUGCUGACAAAUCUCAUCAAGGGAAAUCUACUUCCCUCUGCUCUCCUCUGGAUCACCACCAGACCUGGAGCAGCCGAUAAAAUCCCUUUUGAGUGUGUGGAUCGGGUGACAGAGAUACAAGGUUUCAGUGACAGAGAGAAGAAGGAGUAUUUCAGGAAAAGAAUCAGUGAUGAUAACCUGGCCAAAAGAGCCAUUGCACAUCUGAAGUCAUCUAGAAGCCUCUACAUAAUGUGCCACAUACCGGUCCUAUGCUGGAUUUCUGCCACUGUUUUAGAAAGAAUGUUCUCUGAAGCAAGCAGUGGCGAAAUCCCCAAAAGUCUUACCCAAAUGUAUAUACACUUCCUGAUCAUUCAAAUGGAUAUCAGAAAAGGAAAAUACACUGACGCAGAGGAAGAGAUGAUUUUCAGACUAGGGAAACUGGCCUUCCAACAGCUGGAGAAGGGCAAUCUGAUCUUCUAUGAGGAAGACCUGAGAGAGUGUGGCAUUGACAUCACAGAAGCAUCGGUGUACUCAGGAGUGUGUACUCAGAUCUUCAGAGAGGAGUCGGCGUUGUACAUGGGAAAGGUGUUCAGCUUUGUGCAUCUGAGUAUCCAGGAGUUUCUUGCUGCUGUGCAUGUCCAUGUGUCCUUUACCAUUAAGCAAACCAAUGUAUUAAGACCAGACCACACCGGUCCUCUAAUUUAUGACCUUCACAAGGUGGCCGUGGAUUUGGCCUUAAAGAGUGUGGAUGGGCACCUUGACCUUUUUCUUCGCUUACUAUUGGGUCUCUCACUGGAGUCCAAUCAAAGAAAUCUGGAUAGCCUUUUGAAGAAUGCAGGGGAAACUCCACUAGAUACACAGGAAACUGUUAGGUACAUUAAGCAGAAAAUUGAUGAAGGCUGGACUUCUAACAAAAUGUUCAAUCUCCUCCAUUGUCUGAAUGAACUGAAUGACACGUCUAUGGUCAAAGACAUUCAAGAAGCCUUGAUCGAAGGCCGUCUUCCUUGGCCUUGUGAAACAAUUCCUUCAGCCAGCCAGCUUGCCUCACUGAUGUAUCUCUUACUGACAGCAGAAGAAGGGAGAUAUGACCUUCAUCUAAAUCAAAUCAUAAAAACAGAUGAAUGUGUUGUAAAAUUGUUUCCUGUCAUUAAAGCAAUCAAACAGGCCAGGCUUGGGUGGUGCCACAUCACUUUCAAAAGCUGUGAGCAGCUGGGUUUGGUUCUGACCCAAAGCUCGUCACUCAUACGAGAACUGGACCUCAGUGGAAACAAGAUACAGGACUAUGGGGUGGAGAUGCUGUCCAGAGGACUGGGAAACCCAAAGUGCAAACUGAAGCAACUUAAGUUGACAAACUGUUCCCUGACAGAGAGGAGUUGUGAAUGUCUGGCCUCAGUGCUCUCCACAGGUUCCUCCCUCAGAGAACUGAACCUGAGUGGAAACAGGAUUCAGGACGCCGGAGUGGAACUCCUCACCGACGGUCUGAAGAGCACAUGCUGUACACUGAAGGUGUUAAGACUCCAUAACUGUGGUCUCACAGAUGAGAGCUGCUUUUACCUGGCUGCAGCACUGAGGUCCAACCCCUCCCACCUGAGAGAGCUCCACCUGAGCUGCAACACUCUGGGGGAAUCUGGAGAGAAGCUUCUGGAAGCACUGAGAAAGGACCCGCACUGCAGUCUGAAAAGUUUGACGACAAAACCCCAGAAGUCAUGGUGUUGGGACCAACAGUGACAUGUGACGCUCUCUGUGUUCUGGAGGAGUGGAUUCAUCUACAGAAUAUAUUUGUUUAUUUAUUUCACUGUGUUGUCUGACUGUGUUCAAACAGAAAGAACACCAGAGAUUAUAUCUGAGUUUAAAGAUAAUAGGAAUACAUAGCUUUUUAACCAGCUUGUUUGACCACCCUAUGAUGGUUGACCAGCUAGACCAUCAAAACUCAUGUGAAAACGUGCGUUCAGUUUACGAUGGUAGUUCAGUUGGUUUUGCUUGAUGUACCACCUCAAGCUGGUCAUUUUAGUUGGAGUUGCUGGUCUAAAUUUCUGGGUUUUUUUUUUCCUGGCCAGCAUGACCAUCUUACACCAGCAGCUGUAUCCCACACGAGCAUGACCAGCUUCCUCAAAUGGUCACGCCAACAUGUCCACCUGGUGGCCUAACCAGCUACACCAGCAAAGACCAGCUAAAACCAGCCACCAGCAUAAGCUUAUUUCUUGCUGUUUUUUUUUUCUUUUUCAGUAGGGCUGUUUGUCUAUCUGUCAGCAGCGUAACACUAAAGCUAACAGACUGAUUCUCAUGAAAAUUGGUGGAGGAAUGUGUCAUUGGCCACCAAGGAACCCGUGACAUUUAAAAUCAUAUCUGUGGUGGGGCACAUCCAAGAAAAUGUUGUUGGCUUUUGUCUGAAGGUAUUCAUGGGUUUCAUCAGGUCCCUCCUUUUGCACAGGUAUUAAUCAAGCACCAUGCAGUCUGCAUUGAUAAUCAAGGUGCUCGGUACACCUGUGGAAAGUGACCUGAUGAAACCCAUGAAUUACUGGCAGAGGUAUGCACUCUUCGAGUGUCCUUCUAUUUCUUCCUAACUAUGUGAUGAGACAAAACUUGUAAGAAAACGGCAUAAUAAUAGCCUACAUAAAGUGAACAAGAAUUUACCAGGUUUAUCUUUUCAGAAUGACAUAGAAAAUUCAAAGACAAUAAAUCAUCAUUUGUAUUUUUUUAUUGAGUUAUUUGGAGAAAUAGUACUGUGAUUUGUCAUUAACAAAAUACAUAUUAUUAUAUUAGUGGUAGGCUAAACUCAUAUUUUUGGGUAUGCUGGAGGCUAUGCUAAAUAAGAGGUGGGUAAACUAUGAUCUGUGACGUCGGUGAGGUGGACUGCGCCCUUUUUUUUUUUUUUUUUUUAAGGCAUUCAGAAUGUGUUUGAUGAUGAUGGAGGUUAUUGUCUAAUGUUUAUACCAAUACCAGUGGUAUUAAAUGGUUCCUACAGCGUU